CAUCUGCACUUCCAAAUAAUACAAAAAAAGCACCAAAUCAACGAUUAUCACUGGAAUCACCAUGUGAACCAUCAUUGGAAUUAUCCCAUGAACAAUCGCCAGGAUCUUUACAUGAACAAUCACUAGAACCAAUACUUGAACAACUAUCAGGACCAAUUCUUGAACCACCAGGACUAUUGAAUGAGCAACUGCCAAAACUAUUGAAUAAUCAAUUACCGGAUUCAUUAAAUGAACAAUCACUAGGACUACCAAAAAGACUACCAAUACGAUCACAACAAAUUUCAAAGAAAUU